AUCUUGAUCAUGCGCAGUCGUAGAAAGCAGAAGUUUAACUUCCGUUAGUAAAGAAAAUAGCCGUACAAUGAAUACCUCGACAUCUGAAGAUCAAACAAGGAAGAGAGUAGCCGAUAAGCCUCCUGAUGGCCCACCUACAAAACGGCAAACUGUUAAAACAACAGCUGAACUAAAACAACAACUAAAUCGAAGCUCGGCUGCAGUAGAUUUGCCGAAAUCUUCCACAUCUUCAGCAGAAGGCGAAUCAGAGAAAAAGGAAAAAGAGAAAAAAGAAAAGGAGAAGAGAGAUAAAGAAAAAGAGCAUAAAGAGAAAGAGGAAAAACGCAAAGAAGAACGGACAAAGAUGCAAAUUUUAGUAUCCAACUUUUCAGAAAGUCAACUAAAUCGCUAUGAAAUGUUUCGUCGAGCUAGUUUUCCAAAAGCAGCCAUUCGAAGAUUAAUGCAAAGUUUGACAGGAACAUCGAUCUCACAAAACGUUUGCGUUGCAAUGGCUGGAAUAGCGAAAUACUACGUCGGGGAAAUAGUAGAAUGUGCUUUAGACAUUCGAGAUCAAUGUGAAGAUUCUGGACCUUUGACUCCUUCUCAUAUUAGAGAAGCUGCUAGGAGGGUCCAUGCCAAAUCGCCUUUACGACUUAAAGGUUACCAAGGUCGAUAA